AUUCUCUCGUCUCCAUCCAGACCAGACAGACUCCUCCACCAUGACCUCCUACGCUCGCUCCAUCACCUUCUCCAGCGGUAGCCGCCUCGGCUCUGCAAGGGCCCCCAGCGUGUACGGCGGCGCCGGCGGCGCAGGAGUCCGCAUCUCCAGCAUGAGCGCUCCCAGGAGCUUCUCCUCUGCCGGGGCAGGGUUUUCUGCUGCCGGGUCUGGCAGUGGUGGCUUCGACCUGGCCGACGCCGUCGACAUCUCCGACAACAAGAAAGUGGCCAUGCAGAACCUCAACGACCGCCUGGCGUCCUACCUGGACAAGGUGCGCAAGCUGGAGAAGGCCAACGGUGACCUGGAGCUGAAGAUCAGACAGUUCCUGGAGAACAAGACCAAACCGGAGGGCCACGACUGCGUUGCGUUCAAGGCCGCCAUCAGCGACCUGCAGGACAAGAUCCUUAGCGCCACCCGGACAAACGGCUCUCUCUACCUGUCCAUCGAUAAUGCCAAGCUGGCUGGUGACGACUUCAGGGUCAAGUUUGAGAACGAACUGGCCAUGCGUCAGUCAGUGGAGGCCGACAUCACCGGGCUGAAGAGAGUCCUGGACGACCUGACUCUGGGAAGAUCCGACCUGGAGAUGCAGAUCGAAUCGCUGAGGGAGGAACUCAUCCAGCUCAAGAGGAACCACGAGGAGGACAUGCUGGCUAUGCGGGCCCAGGUGGGAGGCCAGGUAAACGUGGAAGUGGAUGCCGCUCCGCAGCAGGACCUGUCCGCUGUCAUGGCCGGAAUCAGAGAACACUACGAGACCGUUGCCAACAAGAACCGCAAAGAGCUGGAGUCCUGGUUCCAGUCCAAGUCUGAGGAUCUCAAUAAGGAGGUCGCCGUGAGUACGGAGACUCUUCAGUCGACACGCUCUGAGGUGACCGAGGUGAAACGCUCGCUGCAGGGCCUGGAGAUCGAGCUCCAAUCACAGCUCAGCAUGAAAAAGUCUCUGGAAGGAACCCUCGCCGAAACCCAGGGCCGCUAUGCCAACAUGCUGGCAGGUUACCAGAGGCAGGUGAGCGGUCUGGAGGAGCAGCUGGCCAACCUCAGGUCCGACCUGGAGCGACAGGGACAGGAGUACCGGAUGCUGCUGGACAUCAAGACCAGACUGGAGAUGGAGAUCGCCGAGUACAGGAGGCUGCUGGAUGGAGAGAUGUUCAGCCCGCCAACCACCACUUCAACUUCAUCUAAAAGUAAAGUUCUGAUCGUCACCAAAGAAUACAGCGACGAUGAACUGGUCAGCUCUGAAACUGAGAAGUGAGACAGCAACACACUGCCAACCAUUCCCAGAAAUACACAAAUAAAAUGAUGAACUGAAACGUG